AUGCAGCUGGGCUCCCUGCGCCCCAAAGUUGAUGCGGCGGAAAAGGCGCGGCGACAACGGCUCAACCUGUGUUGGUACUGUGGGGGCAGCGGGCAUUUCUCUCGGGAGUGCCCUGUAAAGAAGAAGACGGGCCCCCGCUUGGCAGGGGUCUCCGGCUCAGUGGAGCCCGUGGCGCCCCAAGCCCAGGGAUCCGGCGAACAAUGGGCCGAGCAAGACUUCCAGGAGCUGAGCCCACUCUGUGUCCAUGAGACGGAAGGGACCACGCAAGAGACCCUCCCUGACUCCAGACGGGGUUCCCCUCCGGAUGGCUUGGCCUCCCCUUCUUCUCCUUCUCCUUCCUCGGGGGCUUUUCCUCCUCUUCCUCCUCCUCCGCUGCGGCUCCAGGACCUGCAGCCCGUCCACUACCAGGAGGGCGAGCGGCAGGGGCAGCCCGUGGUCCUGGGAACUGGCGGAUUUGGCUCAGUCGAGCUGGUGCGGAGCGUGUGCACGGAGGAAGGGCUGGCUGAGCGCCUCUUUGCCCUGAAGCGCCUGCGCAAGGACCACGUGGUACAGAAGCGCCAGCAGGAGCAUGUGCUGAUGGAGAAGCGAGUCCUGCUCCAGAGCCGGUGCCCCUUCAUCGUCCGGCUCUUUGCCACCUUCCGGGACAGUCGCCACGUCUACCUGCUGCUGGAGUUCUGCCAGGGAGGGGAGCUGUGGGCGAAGCUGCGUGAAGCCCGCUGCUUCUCUGAGCCGGUGGCCGUCUUCUGCUCGGCUUGUGUGGUCGAAGCCCUGGACUACCUCCACUCCCAAGGCAUCGUCUACCGGGACCUGAAGCCGGAGAACCUCAUGCUGGACGACAAGGGCUACGUCAAGCUGGUGGACUUUGGCUUUGCCAAGGCUCUGAAGCGGGGGGAGAAGACCUACUCCUUCUGUGGGACCCCGGAGUACCUGGCCCCUGAGAUCCUGCGCCAUGAGGGCCACGACUUCUCUGUGGACUUCUGGACCCUGGGGGUGCUCAUCUUUGAGAUGCUGGUGGGAAGGCCCCCCUUCCACAGUGCGGAGCCUCAAAAGAUCUACAGCAAGAUCAUGGAUGGCGUCUUCUCCUUCCCCGCCUUCGUCAGUGAGGCGGCCUGCUCUCUGGUGGCCAAGCUUUGCAGGCGCCGACCCGGGCAGCGACUGGGCAACACCAGCAGCGGGAUCCGAGGCAUCCGCAAGCACAGGUGGUUCAGCUCCAUUUCCUGGAAGAAACUGGCACUGCGCCAGCUUGAGGCCCCCACCACAGUGCUGCUCAAACAGGGCUCUCCUUACGUCAACUUCAAGCGCUUUUCCAUUUCGCGGCAAGUGCCUGAGGAGGACUUCUCCGGUUGGGACCAAGACUUCUGAGCCCCGCUGCCUGCCUGCCUUUGGGGUCCACAGCCCCCCAGCGUUCUGCUCCCUGUCUCCGCUGUGCAAAGGAGCCCCUCUGCAGGGCUUUGGAGAGACCGGGGCCACCGCCCCAUUGGCCUUCCCUUCUCUGGACUGUGGUCGAGUGGGGUGUCCGUGCUGAAGUCCCACUGUGCCCCUUCCCUCCUUCCCUCCUUCCGUCUGCAGCGCUUGGCGGUGACCGUGUGCCCCCCUUGCCACCCACCCACCUACUGCUCCGGUGUGCGCUAGGAAGUGGCCGUCUUGGGUGCCGUCACUGUGAGAAGGGGACCCCGUGGCCCCGCUGUGUCGUGCUGCUGCUCAAUGUGGGAAUAAAUGGUGUCAGGACA